AUGACUCCGUCACCGCCGUUACCACUCACCACCACCAUGAAGAAUCCUUGGCUCCUAUGCCUCGUCCCCCUCCUCCUGGCCGUGUCGUCGUCGCUGCCUCUAACCGCCGCCAUGUGGCGGCCGCUGCGUUUCCCUGCCGCAGGGCAGUCCCCUGUCGAGUGCGUCGGCGACGGCGUCUAUGCUGCUAACAGCACCUACCAAGCCAACCUCCGUCGCGUCGCCGCGCUCCUCCUAGCCGAGGUAUCCGCCACGCCCGGCCAGUCUUACGCGACCCGUGCCGUCGGGUACUGGCCGAACCGGUUGAUGGCCAGCUCCCUUUGCUGGCGCGGCGGCUACCGCUGCGCCGACUGCAUCGCCGGGGCCUUCCUCGAGGUGGAGAGAGCGUGCCCGUACCGCAGGGAGGCCUUGUUUUCCGACCGCAACUGCACUCUCGAACUUGCCGAGAUCCGCAUCUUCGGGACUGGUGGCAUCUUCCGUGAGUUCUUCUUCUGGCCUUCUGCCAUGCUUCAUGAAGGGAACAUACUGAAACAAGUCAUGGCUUCGGGAUUGGUAUUUCAAGCAAUUGGAUUUGGUUGCCUUUUCUUCUUGCUAUUUCAGGAAUGGCGCAGCCACAAAAGAGGCACUUUGACGUAA